AUUCGAGUUAAUCAAUUGUUUUUGAUGAAUUGAUUGAUAUUGAUCUUAUCCUUCAAAAAGUUAAUUCUAUGUUUUUACCAAUUCACAUUUUAGCCAAAUGUUCUAAUCCUUAAUUGUUAUGUCAGAGAUGAAUGUCUCAGUACAGUUGAUUCAUGUAUCUACAUGAAUCAAAUUAUUCUUAUCUGUUUUCUUCAUUACAAAUCACACACAUGAGACGAUUACAUAUAUAUGCAUAUCGAUAGAAAUACAAGAAACAGAAAUGUCAUUAUAUAAGAAAAUUCCUGGCUAAGUAGUUUGCAUAAUGAGAAAAUGAUAACUUGAUUCAGAAUUGCUUUAACAUAUUUUAUUCACUAAAUCCUCAGACAUUAGCCAGCCACAAAGAUGGGUCUACUACAUGAGCCGUCUACUACAUGGUCUUCUUCUGCCAACCAUAUUUGUUCAAGAGUUUUGUACAAAACAAUCAAACUUUGGUUGGUUAGUGUAAGGCAAUAACAGUAGUACCACCUAGUAUUUACUCUACAUUAGUCAAAUCAUAAUUCUUUACGAAAAUACAAUUUUAAUAUAGCCAUAUUAAAAGCAUACUACCACCUUGUCUUAAAAAAACUUCAUCUGGGUUUGUUCCUUAAAAAUAAAAACUUUCUAAACUUUCCAUUUUAGGAAGUGGAUGCCAUAAUCCACUAAUACUAUUCCAAUUACUUUUUCUCUUACUUUACCCAUUUUUUUCUCUUACUUUACCGAUUGUGCAUUAAAAUCCGUGUCGUUUCAAAUGUUUCUAUUUUUCAAAUACGGAGGUAGUAGUAGUUAAAAUUUUGAAACAUGAUCCAUUUUAUUAAAGAUAUGGUGGUAUGCAUUAAAACGAUUGAUGAAAUUAGAGUUGCACGAUUUAAUUUUUUAUUAGGGUAUGAAGCAUGGGAUAAUAUGAAAAUAAAAGAGACACCUUUGGCUCAGUUAAGAGAAACAAAAAAGAAGAAAGAAUGGAGCGGAAGAGAAGGAAAAUGAAGGGAUGAAGGAAGAGAUGCCAUUCAUUUAGAUAACAAACCUUCCUAUAUAUUCAAUCUCACUUUGAAUUCCAUAACACCAUUCUUCUCUUGCCAGAAGAAGGCACUAGCUAGCCUUCUUCUUUUUUCUUCUUCUUCUUCUUUAAAUAAAAUAAAUAAACAAUAAAAAAAAAUGGGUUCUUUUAGGAGGACAGUCCUUCCACUUAUUUUGGGUGUGCCUCUCCUAUGCCUCUUGUCAAUUGUCAAUGCAGAGGAUCCAUAUCUCUUCUUCGAAUGGCAUGUCACCUACGGCACCAUCUCUCCGUUGGGGGUCCCUCAGCAGGGCAUUCUCAUCAACGGCCAAUUCCCCGGCCCUGAGAUCAACUGCACCUCCAACAACAACAUCGUUGUCAAUGUCUUCAACGAAAUCGAUGAGCCUCUCCUCCUCACUUGGGCCGGCAUCCAGCUCAGGAAGAACUCAUGGCAGGACGGUACUCCCGCCACCAUGUGCCCCAUUCUCCCUGGCCACAACUACACCUAUCAGUUCCAAGUCAAGGACCAGAUAGGCAGUUAUAUUUACUUCCCCACUACCGCCCUCCACCGCGCCUCUGGGGGCAUCGGCAUGCUUAAGGUCCACAGCCGUCCUCUCAUCCCUGUCCCCUUUGACAAUCCUGCGGAAGAUCAUGCUAUCCUCCUCGGAGAUUGGUACAACAAGGGCCACAAGACCCUCAAGAGCAUUCUUGAUUCCGGCCGGUCCAUUGGCAAACCCGAUGGCAUUCAGAUCAAUGGCAAUUCUAACAAGGUUGGCGAUGCUGCUGCUGAGCCACUCAUCACCAUGGAGGCCGGAAAGACUUACAGGUUGAGGGUGUGCAAUGUGGGCAUGAGGCUGAGUGUCAACUUCAGAAUCCAGGGUCAUGCCAUGAAAUUGGUGGAGAUGGAGGGAUCCCACACCGUGCAGAAUGAGUACGACUCCAUGGAUAUCCACGUCGGCCAAUGCAUGUCUCUCUUGGUCACCGCUGAUCAAACCCCCAAGGACUACUACUUUGUUGCUUCCAGCCGCUUCUUCAAGCAAGUCCUCACAUCAGUGGCCACUAUCCGCUACGCCAAUGGCAACGGACCUGCAUCACCCCAGAUUCCACUACCCCCUCCUGAGAAUUCCGUCGGCAUUGCAUGGUCCAUCAACCAAUUCCGCUCCUUCAGGUGGAACCUGACCGCCAGUGCUGCCCGCCCCAACCCACAAGGCUCCUACCACUAUGGGAAGAUCAACAUCACCCGCACCAUCAAGCUAUCAAACUCUCGACAAGUGGUGGAUGGCAAGCUCCGUUUCGCUGUCAAUGGUGUCUCGCAUGUGGAUGGUGAAACCCCAUUGAAACUGGCGGAGUACUACGGGAAGGCGGACCAAGUGUUCAAAUACGAUCUUGUGAAGGAUGAGGCAGAACAAGGGGAGAAAGUUGUGGUGGCACCCAGCGUGAAGAAUGCAACCUUCAGGAACUUCGUGGAGAUCAUCUUCGAGAACCACGAGAAGACUAUCCAAACAUGGCACUUGGAUGGAUACUCCUUCUUUGCGGUUGCAAUUGAACCUGGGACGUGGACCCCCAAGAAGAGGCAGAACUACAAUCUUUUGGAUGCAGUGAGCAGGCAUACCAUUCAGGUGUACCCUAACUCGUGGGCGGCAAUCAUGACCACUCUUGACAAUGCUGGUAUGUGGAACUUGAGGUCUGAUAUGAAGGAGAGGGCAUAUUUGGGACAACAGUUCUACUUUAGCGUUGUCUCACCGGCACUCUCCUUGAGGGAUGAGUACAACCUCCCUGCCAAACAGGAACUCUGCGGCAUUGUCAAGGAUCUGCCCAGGCUCGCUCUAUACACUUAAAGAAGAAGAAGAAGAAGAAGAAAAAAGAAGAUGCUAGCUAGUCUAAAUAAAUGUGCAUAUAUAUGUAUAUCCAUUUUCAUUCUCAGAAUGAAUACACACAUUUAACCA